GUCAGUAAGAGUCCGCGAGCUGGAGACUGAUCCACAGCAGCAUCAGAAGAUAAAAGGACGUGAGGAAAUAAACAGCCGUGCAUCGGACAGACACGACCAUGGCAUCGUUAAAUCUCGGGUUCAGCGGGGCUCGUAAAAAAGCGGCGGCGCGCAUCAGAGCUGUAGAGAGGAGGAAUCUGAUCACCGUGUGCAGGUUCUCAGUGAAGACCCUCAUUGAUCGCUCAUGUUUUGAGACGAUAGACGACACGUCUGCUGAGUUCAUCAACUUUGUUUCUAUUCUAGAACAUAUUCUGAGCCACAGAUUGAAGGGUCAAGUGAGCUGGUUUGGAUAUGAGAGUCCUCGUAGUUUUUGGGAUUUCAUCCGCAUGGCGUGUAGUAAAGUCCCUCACAGCUGCAUCCACAGCAUCGAGAACAUGGAGAACGUCCGCAGCUCCAGAGCGAAGGGUCGAGCCUGGAUUAGAGUGGCGUUAAUGGAGAAGCGUUUGUCUGAAUACAUUUCUGCUGCUCUCAGAGACUUCAAAACUACAAGGAGGUUUUACGAGGAGGGGGCUGUACUUCUGGGGGAGGAGGCUGGGCUUCUGGCUGACACCCUGAUUGGCCUGAAUGCCAUCGACUUCAGCUUCUGCCUGAAGGGGGAGGGGCUCGAUGAAGGCUGUCCCGUCGUCAUUGACUACACACCAUACCUUAAAUUCACUCAAACUUCUGACAGUAUCAGCAGUGAUGAAGAGGAGAUGAGGACGCUGGGCAGCAGCGGCAGUGAAGCAGGAACUCCUGAAUCCCACAUGGCUGCCAGUCUGAUGGCGGAUCAGAGCAGCUGGUUCAGCAAGAGCAAAAGACUGGAGCAGAAAUAUAGAGUCCUUCUGGAACAGAAGGGUUAUCUGGAGGAACUGGUGCGUCUCAGAGAAGCUCAGCUCUCGGAGUCUGUCUCUCAGAAUAAAGCUCUCCUGCAGCGGCUCACAGACACUGAGAUCAGCCACAAACUGGAGAAAGAGCAGCUCGAGAUCAUCAUACUGGAGCUGCAGGAUCAGCUGACGGUGUUGAAGAACCAUGACCUUCGCUCCAGACAGGAGCUCACCUCGCACCUGACAAACCAGUGGCCUUCACCUGGAGCUCUGGAUAGCAAUGCUGUGGCUCUCGAUACACUCCUGUACAGGAAACGCACAGGCCCAUGGGAAGAGAAGAGUUUCCCGAGUCUGGAGCAGCUUUCUGCAGAUAUGAGUCUCUCUCAGACGUCUCUGGAUCCUGUACAACUCAACACACACAGUCUGGACAGCAAAGCAGGGCUCGCACACUGGCACAGAGAAGGGAAAGAGGACACUCCGUCUCUGAGGGGUUUGUGUGGAUCUUUAACCUCAAUGGCGAGCUACAAAUCUUUGGCCAGUCUGAAGUCCAGCGAGUAUCUGGCCAGUCCAACAACAGACAUGACCAGCCCUGGACUGACCCCGUCCUGAACAUCGAGACUCAAGUACGGACAUUUUACACACAUGCAUAAACACAUGAAUGGAGAAACAAAAAGAUAGAGAUGAGGCUGGUUAUACUUUCAUUUCAAGUGCAAUUUCAUUUUCCUAUGUGAAUAUUUGGUCGUGGAGGUUUAGAGCUACUGUUGGUGAUUAUUGAGUUAUAAUGAAUGAUGAUGAACGACAAUCUUGA